AUGGACCUAGUGAUUGUUUCCAUAAACUGUAAUGGUCUUUUAGGACCGAACAAAAUCCAUUAUUUAAAUAAUUUAUUACUUCUUGAACGUUUUGAUAUCGUUUUUCUUCAAGAAACACAUGUUUCCGAUAUCAAAAUCGCAAAAUAUUUUGAAAAGAUACUUACAUUUUACAAAUGUUUUUGGUCCUUUGGAUCUAAUCGAAGUUGUGGUUCGGCCAUUUUGGUUAGAACCUCACUCGAUUUUACUGUUAAUAAAUUUCACUUUGAUCUGCAGGGCCGUCUUGUGAUCCUUGACAUUUCAAUAAAUGAUAUAUCCUUUAGAUUUUUAAAUAUUUAUUGCCCUAAUAAUCCUUCCAAAAGG